AUGGAGACAGGAUCCAGUGUUAGUGCUGUGAGGAGCCAGAGAGUCUUGAUCGGGGAGGAGAUUCUCCCAGCACUAAUCACCAUAAAGGAUGGGAAGAUUCAUAACAUCUUGCCUGAUGCGGGAGCCACUCGGCACACAGCCGGAGAGGUGCUGGAUGUGGGCAACAGUGUGGUGAUGCCAGGGAUAGUGGACUGCCACGUUCACGUUAAUGAACCGGGCCGAACCGCCUGGGAAGGGUACUGGACAGCAACACGAGCCGCAGCAGCAGGAGGGGUGACCACCAUCGUAGACAUGCCCCUAAACAGCAUUCCACCAACCACAACUCUCAAGAACUUCCACGAGAAGCUGCAAGCAGCUGCCGGCCAGUGCUUCGUGGACACCGCGUUCUGGGGAGGGGUCGUCCCUGGCAACUUUCUGGAGCUCAGACCCAUGGUGCAGGCCGGGGUGGCCGGAUUCAAGUGCUUCCUCAUCCACAGCGGAGUGGCCGAGUUUCCCCAUGUGGCGGACAGUGACCUGCACGCCGCUCUGAGGCAGCUCCAGGGCACAGGGAGCGUUCUGCUGUUCCACGCAGAGAAGGAGGUCCAGCAACCACUUACAUAUGACGGGGAUCCAAGCGAGUACUCCACCUUUCUGAGGACAAGACCGGACAUCAUGGAGAUGGAGGCCGUUCGGACAGUCACGGAACUCUGCCUGCAGUACCAGGUCCGAUGCCAUAUUGUACACCUGUCUUCAGCCCAGUCUCUGAAGCUUAUUAGGGCAGCCAGGGAGGCUGGGGCCCCCUUAACGGUGGAGACAACCCACCACUACCUCACUCUGUCAGCAGAGGACAUCCCAUCUGGGGCCACCCAGUUCAAGUGCUGCCCCCCUAUACGAGACAUAGCCAACCAGGGUCAGCUGUGGUCUGCGCUGAGAGCUGGUGACAUAGACAUGGUAGUGUCAGAUCACUCACCCUGCACACCGGGCCUGAAGCGUCUGGACAGUGGUGACUUCAGCCAGGCCUGGGGAGGCAUCUCCUCCCUACAGUUUGGCCUUUCUUCGUUCUGGACCGCAGCUUCUAAGAGAGGUUUUUUACUACCUGAUGUAGUAAGACUCUUGUGUAAAGAACCUGCACAACUCUGUCGCCUUGACAACCGAAAAGGCAGACUCAUGCCAGGUCAUGACGCAGACUUGGUCAUCUGGGAUCCUGAGAAAGAAUUUAUGGUGGAAGAGAAAAUGAUACAUCACAAAAACAAAUUGACUCCAUAUCUUGGCUUGACUCUUUAUGGAGAGGUUAAGGGUACCAUUGUUGGAGGAAAGCUUGUAUAUUUCGAUGGCUCCUUCUGCCCUGUGCCUCUAGGACAGCACAUACUCAUCAAUCAGACCCCUGCUUAGUCCGCUCUGUGAACACACACUGAAAUCGGUCAUUUCAACCAAUCACAAUUCACCAUAUACAUUCCAAAGUCACCACGUUGGUAUCUGGCAAUAUUAAAUG